CAAGCACAUUUUCCUGACCAUUUUACCCAAGACAUGACAAUAAAAGUCCCUGAAGUGACCUUAUUUCGAUCAUUUUAGCUACUUUCUAUGUUUGAACCAACAGAUAAGAUAUAUGUUCCAGUUCCAGAUGUUAAAUUUAAAGAUUUAUAUGACUGGUCGAUUUUGCCAGGAGAAAAUGGUGUAGAUUGUUCCACCAGUGACAAGGCAUUGAAUGGUUUGGUGAACUGUGGCAGAACAACUGCUGUGAAGAGUGGCAAACUUGUCCGCAUCAAUGACACUGAUGUCGCUCUCUUCCGAUUUGGAGAAACAGUGUUUGGAAUCAACGAAAGAUGUCCACAUGCAGGUGGUCCUCUGCAUGUGGGAGACAUCGAGGUGCUUCCGGAUAAGUCCGUCUGCGUACGAUGUCCUUGGCACAGCUGGAAGUUCGAUAUCAUGACAGGAAAAUCACGGAUUCCGUUGGGACACAAUCUGCAGGCAGAGACUUAUGAUGUUCUGGUAAAAGAGAACGGAGAUUUGAAGAUUGCUUUUGAAAAACUUGGACCAAGUUGUUUUAGUGAAGAUUUCUGAUCGUUUUUAUUCACUCCGCUACUCGGAGGGAUUUCCAAUGUGACAUGUCAGUGAACUUUUAAGCAUGUUAUGCCUGACCAGAUCUGCAUCUAUCUAUCAACAUUGCUCUAAUUCUAAAUUUGCGUCCAGUUGUAACUUUGUAAAGCUUUCUGAAGUGAGUUUUGUUGAGGCUUCAUGAUCCAUGUUUUUGUGUGGUGAAAUUCUCCUGGCUUUCCAGUUGUAAACUCUUGACUUAUGCAUUUGAAAAAAGCUAUGGUUGUGAUAAAUUAAAGUGGUCAUCUGAAGCAGCGUCCACUUGGUGUAAAGUACGCUGUUUAGGAUGACCCAGUAAAUGGUCUAUUUUUUGACUGGGUGGUGAAAACACCUGAUUUACAUUUGAGACCCUAUCAUUACACUGGUCGCCUUUUCAGAGAGGUGUAUUACAGAUAAUGAUGUUAUGAGUCAAUGUAAUCUUGGGGCAUUUGGUCGAACAAUGGGGUAGGCAUUCAUGUUGACGUUUCGUAGGCUUAGCAAAAACUCCCUACUUGUAUAUACCGUAUGCGGCAAAUCUUUCAAAUCUCACAGAGACUGUGGUUGAAUCUGAUGUGUGCAUAUAAGAUAUUUUUAAAAUUUUACAGUAUUUCUUUGAAUGUUUUUGAUGACAACAAAAUAAUGUUUGAAAUUUGUCGGCCCAAUCUGUGCAUAAUGGGGUGACCUGAAUUAACCUAAUUGUAAUCAGCACAUCUGCAUGCCCAGGUCUAAGGUGAAGUUUGCAUUUCUGUACAUUAAUAAUACUCUGCUAGUACAAUCAGGACAUAAUGUGUCAUUCACCAUUGCCUCAAAAGCGACAGCUUAAUGUUGAGGGUUUUAAACUAAUAAAAGGGGAUUAUUUUAAUCUGAACCAUAACUUUAUGUAUUGUUGUAUAAUGUAUUACUAUGAUGCCACAGAUUUUGCUUGAUUGCAUUAUUUUUACAUCAUUAAUCCUUUCACAAU